AUGCGUGCAACCAUUCUUACUGAUAUCCCCAAUCCUGACAAGUCGUUUGAAUACUCGGCUCAAGUCAAAGAUUACGAUGCACCCAAAGCCCAACCACAUGAGGCAGUUGUCAAGAUUCAAGCUGCUGCCAUGAACCACCGAGAUGUGUGGAUUCUAAAGGGUCAAUAUUUUGGUAUCAAGACCGACUCUGUUUUGGGCUCUGAUGCUGUUGGCCAAGUUGUUGCCUCUGGUGAUAAUGCACAAGUGGGCAAACGCGUCUUGUUGUGUCCCAGCGUCAAUUGGGAUUCCGAUCCUCGUGGUCCCGAAGGUGAAUUCAGUAUCCUUGGCUUACUACCUUCUCCAGGUACAUUUGCGGAGUCCAUCAAUAUUGACAGCAAGUCAGUGUUUCCUUGCCCUGAGCAUCUCUCCACAGAAGAAGCUGCAGCCCUUCCUUUAGCUGGUUUGACAGCCUACCGGGCUGUAUUCACAAAGGCACAAGUCCAAAAGGGUGAUCAUAUCCUUAUCACUGGUAUUGGUGGUGGUGUAGCACUUUUCGCUUUGCAAUUUGCUGUUGCCGCGGGUGCCAAUGUCUACGUAUCCUCAUCGAGUACCGAUAAAAUUAAUAAGGCGGUUGAAUUGGGUGCCAAGGGCGGCAUCAACUACAAGGAUCCAAAUGCCAUGGAGCAACUUGAUAAGCUUUUGAAUGGUGCAAAGCUUUCAGCUAUCGUUGAUGGUGCUGGAGGUGCUCUCUUCAAUGAGUAUUUGACGGUGUUGAGACAAGGUGGAUACAUCGUCCAAUACGGCCAAACCGCAUCACCAUCGGUAUCCUUCAGAAUGAAUGAAGUAGCACAAAACUUGGAACUCAGAGGCUCAACCAUGGGAUCCCGUGCCGAGUUCAAGCAAAUGGUCGAGUUUGUAGAUAAGCACAAGAUUCAUCCUGUUGUCUCUAAGGUAUUCCAUGGCUUGAACCAACAAAAUGUUGACGAUGCCAUUGAUUUGCUUCGCACAAGCAAUCAAUUCGGCAAGGUGGUUAUCGAGAUCUAA